CCUUUAAGCAGGGUGGGGCUAGGUGCGCGUGCGCGGUUUUAACACUCCUCCCCAAACUGCCAACUCUUCGCGCAAGCGGGGUAGACGCACCUUGCCUGGGUUUACGCGUGCGCACUAGCGGGCCUGGCCCCGGAAGACCAGACGCCUGCGCAGUGGGGACUACGGUGACAGUCCCCCGGCUGGGACGCCGGCCAGUCAUGGCGGAGCCUUGGUCUGGGCAAUCCUUGCAGGCUCUGCCGGCCACGGUGCUGGGCGCUCUGGGCGCCCUCGGCAGCGAGUUCCUGCUGGAGUGGGAGGCGCAGGACAUGCGCGUGACCCUCUUCAAGCUGCUGCUGCUUUGGUUGGUGUUAAGUCUCCUGAGCAUCCAGCUGGCGUGGGGGUUCUACGGGAGUACGGUGACCGGGCUGUAUCACCGGCCAGAUACCCACCCCCAGCUUGCUGCAGCUCUGGAUGUGUUCCUGCCCCCAGGUCUGGGCGGCCAGAACGGAUCCACACCUGAUGGCUCCACGCAUUUCCCUUCCUGGGAAACAGCAGCAAAUGAACCUCUAAAAACCCACAGAGAAUAAGGGAAGGCAGCAGAGGGGUCUCCAGGAACAUCACCAGCCUUUGCCUAGGCUGUCUUUGCAGAGUGCACUGGAGUAGGACUAUGCUGAGCUCAUGCACGAGUACUCCGGAGUAUCAUCUGGCUGGUGGGAUGAUGGUUCUGCAGCCCCAGGCCUACCCACUGACAACAAACACCACACUCAGAAUUGGUCCCACAUUUCACCCCAGGCUCAACUGAGGAUGUGGCUUAUUAAACAUGGA